AUGGCAAAGACAGUCGUAGUGCUAAUAUCUGGUAGUGGAAGCAAUUUACAAGCCCUUAUCGACGCAUCAAUCCCUAUCGCCCUGGUAGUAUCAAAUAAAAAGGAUGCCUUUGGCCUAACUCGAGCUGCCAAUGCCAAAAUCCCAACUCUAGUCUUCACUCUCAAGCCAUAUCGAGAUGCUGGCAAAUCUCGUCCUGAAUAUGACGCAGACCUAGCUGCCGAAAUCAAAAAACUCGUGCCUGCACCAGACGUGGUUGUAUUAGCUGGCUUUAUGCACAUCUUGUCUGAAGCAUUCCUGAAUGCUUUUGCUACCGUCAUCAAUCUACAUCCUGCAUUGCCCGGACAGUUUGAUGGCGCGAAUGCUAUACAGAGAGCGUUUGAUGCCUUCAAACUAGGUGAAAUCAAACACUCGGGUGUCAUGGUGCACCGUGUCAUCCCUGAAGUCGACAGAGGGGCUCCGCUACUUACGAGAGAAGUACCUAUAUUAGAUACAGAUACGCUAGAGUCGUUUGAAACACGUAUGCACCAGGUUGAACAUGAACUCAUUGUCGAAGCUACCAAAACAUUGGUGUUAUGA